AUGAAAAUUGUUAAUUUCAAUUUUUAAAAUUGUUUCCAAAUAAUCGUUAUACUUUUUGCAGAGAAAAGAAAAAAAGAAAAUUAUUUACAAUUAAAAAUAUUCUCAAAAGUAUUCAAGAUAACAUGCCAGUCUUCCAUUUCAACGAUUCAGAAAAACCGUCUUGUGAAGAUCACUGACAACACUCUCACGUCAUUUUUCAUCCCGCAUUUAUCUCUCGUGCGACACUUCACACGAUUAACCAGAGCACUUGUCCUUUCGCGAGGUUAAAGUACCUUCGUGUUCCGCGACAAAAUAUCAUGAAGAAAACUGGACCCGUGGCCUUGCAAAUCGAGGUGAACACCGAGAAAGAAUGGCAACAGUUACUAAGUCGUUCGGGCCUGAUCAUGGUAGACGUGUACUCGGACUGGUGCGGGCCUUGCGCUGCCAUGGUGAGCACCCUGAGAAAGAUCAAGAUGGAGAUAGGCGGCAACGUGGUGGACUAUGCGGUCGCGCGAAACGACGACAUCGAUGACUUGGCGAGAUUUCGCAGUCGCAGUGAACCCACCUGGAUGUUUCUGCAGGACGGCAAGAUGGUGAAUCUGAUGUUCGGCGCGCACUGCCCGAGCCUGCGGAAGCUGCUGACGAAUGAGAUAAAGAGAGUGCAGCAAUUAGAAGUCCCGAAGUGGCAUUUGGACGUACAUGAACGGGCGCCCGAAGAGGAGAUUCGAUGGCAAAAGCAAGAAGCCAUUAGGCGAGCGCUGGAGGAAGAGAAACGAGCGAGGCAGGAAGCUGAGAGGUUGGAGAAAUAUGAGCGAUUCAUGGCGCAAAUGAUGUUCGAGCUGUGCGAGCACACGGCGCUGGUGCUUUAUCCGUGGGUCUUUAAGGACGAGCGUGGAAGGCCGCGGGACAAGAUGCACAGUCCGCCGUACACGGAGCUCGUGCAGGAUCUCUUCAGGCAGUGCUACGACGUGCAGGAGGAGGCGCGAAUUCAGCUGAACGAGGACAUGAUCGAAAAGAUGUUCGUCGAGAGCGGCGUCGACAUCACCGAGGAAUUGAUAAAAGGGCUAACCGAUGGGAAAUGCAUGGCGAUGAGGUUGAAAGGCAAGCCGCCCCAUUCGGACUGGCCGGUCCAUUAUCCUUACGAGAAUCCGGAAUGCAACUCCGUGAAGUGCCCGAUCCGUGCGAUCAAUGAUGUCGAGAAUUAUCUCAUCAGCAUCAUCACGAAAGGACCGCCGUCUCUGUUAGAAAAUGACGAGCCUAUGAUCAGGCCAACCUACAAUGCACCCUACAUUCAGAGGCACAAGCAUGUGCACGAGCCGGAUCCGAAAGUUGAGGGCGACAUGCGCCGCGUGCAUCCCGCGGUUUGGGUACCUCCUCAGGCCAGAAGUAAAGUUCACGUCUACAAGACUCUAUUCCCGGUUUACAUGGAGAAGGCUCAUUCUUACGAGGAGCCGGUGGUUCCUCCGCCAUUAUGCGCGUUCAAAUUCGACGCGUCGAAAUUCAGCAUCGUGCGAGACGCGUACGAAUUGAACCGUGAUGCCAUCGAACAUUUCGGUGCCUUCGAGUUCGAUCGGCCGCCUUACGCGAGACGUCUCGCGUCUUCACCCGAGGAUUUCGAAAAGGUGAAGUACAAAACUGGCGUCGAGGUAUUCGUAGUGAUAAUUCGAAGAAUCAACGAAGAAACCUUCCUGGCUUUUGCUGGCAUCGAGCCGUUCUUCGUGACAGAAGUUGAUGAGGAGGCUCAAGAAAUGAUAACGGAAUAUUUCCCCGAAGGAGUGGAGGAUGUACCAUUAGCGCCUGAUGAGCAAGAAGCAGUGUAUUUAGAUUCACGUAAGAAUAUGUUGCAUAAAUUUACGUAUUACUUAUAUUUUAUUAGUUCUUGAGCGUAACAUUAAGAAGAAUUAUACUUAUUUUAACGGAUUCUUAGUAAGAGAUAGAGUGAUAUGUCUAGAAUCGUUCGCCACUCUUUCGCUACAUCACUCGUUCAAAAGAAAAUAAUCUCUUGUAUCGUUAUUAUUAAUUACAAUCAGAUCUCUCGUAAAUGUAUCGAAUCUUUUGCGCAAUGUUUACGAUCUUGCUAAAAUUUAAUUGCCUCAAUAAUGAGCAAAUCUGCUCUUUUUUCGUGGCGAGACAAUUCUCUUUGCAGUUUACCGCAUCCCGAGCCUUUCGAAAAAAAUCGAAUUUAAGUACUAUCACUUUUCUUUAUGAUUUUCGAUUGUCGAUUGAUCCAGCCAAUGAAUUCAGCCUAUUAUAAGUGCACCUAUUUUGCGCAGUAAACGUUAUUAGGUUUUCCGUCAUUCUUACGACCUUCACCGCGUGUUCUUACGCGCCUUCUUUCCAAGAAUACAGAACGAUAAACUCCUGACCGGAUCUCAUACGUAAUAAAAUCGCUAUAUAUGAAAUAAUAGAGUAGAGUUGCAUUCAGAUUGCGUGAUUGAUUCGUCUCGCAUAUUUUAUCGCGAAUUCAUGACUGUUAUUCCGUGUUUCGACGUUCGUUUUAAAAUCUAUAUUUAGUAUUAGAUUAUAUCUGUUCUAUAUCGUCACAUUCCAUUACGCAUAUUUUAUAAGCACAAUGCACUAUUAUUACGUUUAUCACAUUUUAUUUAAAAUAAUGAUUAAACAAUGGAGAUUCUUCAUUGAUUACGUUUAUUCACUUGAAUGAUACAGUUGACCUGAUUAAUACAAAAGAUUUAAUGAUAGGUGCAAUAUGUUCACUGUUUUCAAACGUUCGAAUAUUUUUGUUAUUUUAACACAGAAAAAGAUUUCUAAGAAAAUUAAAAUUUAAUUAAAUCAAU